CGCGGGGGAGGCGGAGCCAGCAAGUGUAGAAGACGCCCAGCUCCGUCCCCUUUUCUGUGGAGUCUGAGUGAGCCCUCGCAGGUUUUGCCUCCCCACUCUAGAACCGGAUCACCAUGGCGACUGGACAGAAGUUGAUGAGAGCGAUUCGAGUUUUUGAAUUUGGUGGACCAGAAGUGCUGAAACUCCAGUCGGAUAUUGCAGUACCAAUUCCAAAAGACCAUCAGGUUCUGAUCAAAGUCCACGCAUGUGGUGUAAACCCAGUGGAAACAUAUAUUCGUUCUGGUACUUACAGCAGAAAACCACUCUUACCCUAUACUCCUGGUUCAGAUGUGGCUGGUGUAAUAGAAGCCGUUGGAGAUAAUGUAUCCACUUUCAAGAAAGGUGACAGAGUUUUCACUACCAGCACCAUCUCUGGGGGCUACGCCGAGUUUGCUCUCGCAGCAGAUGACAGUGUUUACACACUGCCAGAAAAACUGGACUUUGAGCAAGGAGCUGCCAUCGGUAUUCCCUAUUUUACUGCUUAUCGAGCUCUGCUCCACAGUGCCCGUGUGAAAGCUGGAGAAAGUGUGCUGGUUCAUGGGGCUAGCGGAGGAGUUGGACUAGCAGCAUGCCAAAUUGCCAGAGCUUAUGGCUUAAAGGUUUUGGGCACAGCUGGUACUGAGGAAGGACAAAACAUUGUUUUGCAAAAUGGAGCCCAUGAAGUGUUCAAUCACAGAGAACUUAAUUAUAUUGAUAAAAUUAAGAAAUCUGUUGGUGAAAAGGGAAUUGAUGUGAUCAUUGAAAUGUUAGCUAAUGUAAAUCUUAGUAAUGAUUUGAAUCUUCUGUCAUAUGGAGGACGAGUAAUAGUUGUUGGCAGCAGAGGUCCUAUUGAAAUAAACCCACGGGACACCAUGGCAAAGGAAUCUAGUAUAAUUGGAGUUGCUCUCUAUUCAUCAACUAAGGAGGAAUUUAGGCAGUUUGCAGCCGCCCUUCAAGCCGGAAUGGAAAUUGGUUGGUUGAGACCUGUAAUAGGUUCUCAGUAUUCACUGGAGAAGGUGGCCCAGGCUCACGAAAAUAUCAUCCAUAGCAGUGGGGCUCGUGGGAAAAUGAUUCUUCUCUUAGAAUGAUUAAUUCUUUCAUGUAUUUCCUAUGCAAUUAGAAGUUUCCUGUCCCAGUUUUACUUACACUACCUUUGCUCUAUUCAGCAUUCAUUUGAUUCAGUGAGUUUCUUAUAUUAAAAAACAAGAUUUGCCUUUAGAGAUCUGAGCAUUGGAGUAGAAUUUAUUUUAUAGCUCACAAUAUUCUUUAUGCCUCCCACCUGCCUCUAAUCAAGGAGUCAUCAUAGUAGGAAAUAAAAUGUCAGUAGUCAUUUGGCAUUGGGUGCGUUACAGAAAUUCCUGGUGCUUGAUCAUUAAUUCCAUACCUUUGACUAAAAGAAGCUAAUUCAAAAUAAGACUGUGUGAUUUCCAAACCUACUUGUCCUUGUAAAGGUUCUUUAAUACCUGAUUAGCUCAGAACUGUAUUGGACUCUGAAGAUUUUCUGGACUAAAUAAGAUCCCUUUUCUAAGCUAAUCUCAUCUGGAUCUACAAGUCUCUUGCAAGGGCAAGAUAAACAAUGUCCAGAGAAAUGUGUUUUUUAACAAAUAGUUUUCCACUAUUUCCCCAAUAUUAGAACAUCCACUGUAUUGAUGGUUGAUUACUCAUUAUCCACAUAUUCUUUUUUUUUUAAUUGUAUAUUUAGUGCCACCUUUUUUUAAAUUGUAUUUUAUUAUGUUAAUCACCAUACAUUACAUCAUUAGUUUUUGCUGUAGUGUUCCAUGAUUCAUUGUUUGUGUAUAACACCCAGUGCUCCAUGCAGAACAUGCCCUCUUUAAUACCCAUCACCAGGCUAACCCAUCCCCUCUAGAACCCUCAGUUUGUUUCUCAGAGUCCAUAGUCUCUCCUGGUUCGUCUCCCCCUCCGAUUUCUCCCCCUUCAUUAUCCAUAUAUUCUGUGAAGAGAGCAGCCUUAUUUUUGGCAUAAUGUGAUAGGUAGGUACCUAGUCUCCUGAGAGAUACUUCCUGAUGAUUUGAUUUUCCAAAAUAGAUUUAGAAUUAUCUGAGUGAUGGGAGUUCUAUGUUUUUAUUUAAAUUACUAAACAAAUUUGAUACAUUAAGAGUGAUCUGCUUUUGUCUUCAUUACAUGAUAACCUGCAGUAAAUUCUGUAGAAAAAUAAAACCUGUGUUUAUCUAUUUGGUCUUUAUAUAGUAUUUGCCUUACAUCUCUUUUAUGUAGUUCCUAAUGGUUAAUUUCUAACAGUGUUCUGUGCUGGAAGUCCUUAUCGAAACUAAAUAAAGGGAUGAUUACUUAGAAAUCUUGCCAUCAAUGUCAUGCACAAGGAAAUGAAG